AGGCUUCUCAGCGUUCCUGUUAAGAAGAAGGAACCAGUGACUCCUGAGGUUAUUCAGCGGUUAUUUGCUUAUUAUGGCUCCUCUCCCGCCAGCUUAUCUGAUUUACGAGUGCUCACUUUGUGUAUUUUAGAUUAUGCAAGAUUUUUUCGCAUUAAGGAGUUGGUUCGGCUACGCGAGUGUGAUUUUCAGUUUGAAGAUGCUUUCAUGAUAAUUUUUGUUCACCGUAGUAAGACUGGUGUCCACUGGGAAGGAGCUUGGGUUGUUAUUGCUAAAACUUAA